AUGAGCACGUUGAGACAGGUGUCAAGGAGCCUUGGGAGGCCGGCCGCACGAAGCCUCCGGCGACCGACAGUAUCGAGAUCCCUGCUCGCAACAAUGCCUCGCUACUUGUCGUCUUUGCCCCCGGUUGACCCUCCGGUGUCCACGACACUACAUUCCGACUCCUUCCAACUACUGUCCACCGAAGAAAAGGCCGGAGAUGCCGAAGACGUGCUGUUCAAAGAGCAGGUCGAGGAUGUGAAGAAGUGGUGGGCGUCCCCUCGGUACGAGGGGAUCAAGAGACCCUACACUGCGGAGGACGUUGUGAGCAAGAGAGGGACAUUACAACAAAUAUAUCCUAGUUCCACUAUGGCCCGGAAACUGUUUGACCUUCUGAACGAAAGAGCAGCCGAAGGAAAGCCGGUUCACACCAUGGGAGUGAUCGAUCCGGUGCAGAUGACACAACAAGCCCCGAACCAAGAGAUUCUGUACGUGUCUGGGUGGGCGUGCUCUUCAACCCUGACCACCACAAACGAGGUCUCCGCAGACUUCGGGGACUAUCCCUACAAUACCGUUCCCAACCAAGUCCAGAGAUUGUUUAAGGCUCAGCAGUUACAUGACCGUAAGCACUUCGAUGCUCGGAGGAAGAUGAGCGCGGAAGAGCGAAAGAAGACUCCUUAUAUUGACUACCUGAGGCCCAUCGUCGCGGAUGGUGACACAGGUCAUGGCGGAUUGUCCGCCGUCAUCAAGCUGGCGAAGUUAUUUGCUGAGAAUGGUGCCGCUGCGGUGCACUUUGAAGAUCAGCUCCACGGUGGUAAGAAGUGCGGCCAUCUGGCUGGCAAAGUAUUGGUGCCUGUGGGUGAUCACAUUAACCGCCUGGUGGCCGCCAGGUUUCAAUGGGACAUGAUGGGCUCCGAGAAUCUCGUGAUCGCCCGUACCGACUCCGAGAGCGGCAAAUUGAUAUCCAGCGCCGUCGACAUACGAGAUCAUGAGUACAUUCUUGGUGUGGCGGAAGAAACCGAGCCACUGUCCGAAGUUCUCCAAGAGAUGGAAAUGAAAGGUGCGAGCGGGCCUGAAAUCGACAAGUUUGAGUCCGUCUGGGUCAAGGAACAUAAGCUGGUAACGUUCGACGAUGCUGUGGAAGCUCACAUCAAAGCCGAGGGGGGAGACGCCUCCGAAUAUCUUGCCAAAACUAAGGAGAAUCGCAACAUGUCUCUUUCGAAACGCCGCAGUUUGUCCAAUCAGUAUACCAAGUCUCCCGUGGUCUGGUCUUGCGACAUUCCCCGGACCCGCGAAGGAUUCUAUCAUUAUCGGGCAGGUCUCCCCGCCGCCACGAAACGAGCCAUUGAAUUCGCGCCGUACGCAGAUCUUCUCUGGCUGGAGACUGCCGACCCCAGCGUUUCCAAAGGCGCAGGGUUCGCCCAAGAGAUCCGCAAGGCAUAUCCUGGCAAGAAGUUGGUCUACAACCUGAGCCCCUCGUUCAACUGGAUGGGACAAGGGUUUGAUGAUGCCUCGUUGAAAUCGUUUGUUUGGGACCUCGCCAAGGAAGGAUUCGUGCUUCAACUGAUCUCUCUGGCUGGUCUUCAUUCCACUGCCACCAUCACUGCCGAGCUGUCACGGGGUUUCAAGGAAGACGGCAUGUUGGCGUAUGUCAAUCUCGUCCAGAGUCGGGAAAAGGCACUCGGUGUUGAUGUCCUGACCCAUCAGAAAUGGAGCGGUGCUCCGUAUAUCGAUGGUAUCAUUGGAGCCAUCCAGAGUGGUAGCAGCGGCAGCAAGAGUAUGGGCGAGGGCAACACGGAGACAGGGUUUUGA